GGUCAGCUGACAGGUUUGUUUUGCUUGCUCGAGCUCGUCCUGAUAACAACACAGCGAGAGGAAGGAAGCGGGGACAUCAAACCGUCUGUGAACUAGUGUCCUUUACUUUGUAUUUUAGCAAGAAGCUACCAGCACGGUUGACAACUGAGACUUUUAAACAUCGUUUUUAGCUUUUGAAUUGUUGUUUCAGCCGCUACCUCCGUUUUUAUCUACUGCCAACUGGUUGACUUUGACGCAAUAUGCCUUCAGAAAAAACCUUCAAACAAAGAAGGACAUUCGAACAAAGAGUAGAAGAUGUGCGACUGAUCCGAGAGCAGCACCCCAACAAGAUACCCGUGAUCAUUGAGAGGUACAAAGGAGAGAAGCAGCUCCCCAUCCUGGACAAGACCAAGUUCCUGGUGCCAGACCACGUCAACAUGAGUGAGCUCAUCAAGAUCAUCAGGUAACAACUUCAGUCCUCUACUCUCUGCUCCUUCUCUUUCUCUAUGUAUUUUUCCUUUAGUCCCUUUCCUGUCAUUUACUUCCUGUUUGUACUCACCUUUCAUUUGUUAUCACUGCCUUUGUUCUCUCAUUUCCUUCCUUUUACCUUCCCUCCCUUUUCUCUUAUUUUCAUCAAAUGUAUGGUACUCUCGUUUACUUUACUA